UCAGCAAUGCAGUCGCCUCGCAGCUGCGCGCCAAACACGACGCUCGAGAGAUGUCUUCUGGGAAGAUCUGGCUUUUAUGACAGAGGAAUCCAGCCAAGCUGCCGAUGCUCAAGAAAUUCCAGCUUCACCUUCACGCGGCCGGUGUUGAGAGACAACUUUGCCACUUACAUCGUCAUCUGGGACGAGAUUCGGCAGUCGUCGUCCAGCGGGUUCAAGAAAUCCGACUCUAGCAACGAGCUCGGCCCCCUCUCGCGCGUUAACUAGAGCUGUACGAAGUACCUCACCGGCAGGCCCGAUUGAGCGGCCAUCGCAUCACACGCGAAGGAUGACACGGUGAACAACGGCUCAUCCGUACCACCCCGUAUGCCCAACAGUGCCCAAGGUCUACGUGCGCUCUGGCUAAGGGCUGGCGUGUUUCCAUGCGCUCACAUGAACUGUCCGAAAGCAUGCCACGCCCGUCCGAGGUCGUCAAGGACAAGUGGAAUUAGCAUACCCUCGCAGCCCGUGCUUCUUGGCAUUCUGGCAGCGCACCAACGUGGAGCG